AAACAAACAAUACUCAGUGAGAGAGAGGUUUCUAGCUAAUCCCAUUUCUCUCUCUCUCUCUCUCUCUCUCUCUCUCUCUCUCCUCUCUCCCUCUCUUGUUAGAUAUAGCAUAUUUCAAUAAAAUACAGAAAUGGCUUUACAGUUUCAUAGCAAUUCCUCUGUUCUUAUAGCCAUUUUUCAUCUUCUUCUUGUUCUUCUUCAUUGCCUCCAAGCAAAAGCUGCAAAUGGGUACUGUGAUCUGUUCAAAGGGAGUUGGGUUUUGGACCAAUCCUAUCCACUCUACAAUCCCUCCGUUUGUCCUUUCAUCGAGCAUGAGUUCGCUUGUCAGAGAAAUGGCCGUCCUGACCAGAUUUAUACCAAAUACAAAUGGCAACCACAAGGCUGCAAUCUAGCAAGAUUUGAUGGGAAGGAUUUCUUGAAGAGAAUGAGAGGGAAAAGCAUUAUGUUCGUAGGAGAUACGCUAAGCCGGAAUCAAUGGCAGUCACUGACAUGCCUGCUUCACUCUGCACUGCCCAAUGCCAAUUACAAAGUUUCAAGACUUGAAGAUGUUUCCACUUUUGAGUUCACGGAUUAUGGGGUGAAAGUGAUGCUUGAUAGGAAUGUGUACCUAGUGGAUGUUGUAAGAGAACAAAUGGGAAGAGUGUUGAAAUUGGAUUCAAUUGAGGGAGGCAAGCUUUGGAAAGGGAUUGACAUGCUCAUCUUCAACACUUGGCAUUGGUGGAAUCGUAGAGGACCUUCUCAACCAUGGGAUUACAUCCAAGAUGGAGAAGGGAUCAAAAAAGAUAUGGAUCGUAUGCUUGCUUUUGAGAAGGCACUCAGGACAUGGGCAGCCUGGGUGGAUUCAAAUAUUAAUCCUUCAAAAACAACUGUUUACUUCCAAGGAAUUUCUCCAUCUCACUAUAAUGGGAGUCUAUGGAAUGAGCCAAAAGCAAAGAGCUGUGCGGGACAGAAAAUACCAUUGGCUGGUUCAACAUAUCCAGGAGGAUUGCCAGAGGCAUUGUUCAAGCUGAAGGAAGUGCUGAGCACAAUGAGAAAGCCAGUGACAUUGCUAGACAUAACCAAUCUGUCUCUUCUUCGUAAAGAUGGACAUCCUUCUCAUUAUGGCUUGGGAGGCCCAUCUGGGAUGGAUUGUAGCCAUUGGUGCCUUUCGGGAGUCCCUGAUACAUGGAACGAGAUACUUUACAAUCUCAUUCUUUCAUAACAGAUAUAUCAUUUUUAACUUGAUUUAUAAUUAUUGGACAAAUUUUUACUGAAUAAAUUAAUAAAUAAGAUCGAUUCUUCUUUAAUAA